CUGUAACUGUAAAGAUAACAGUCUCUCUGGAGAGCUCCAUCCAUCUGCUAUCAGCCAUGACUACUCACACCAGUGUUCUUCUCUUCAUCACUCUCUGGGCUGCCGUGCAGGAUGGUUUGGGUCUUCCGGUCAUGAGUCAUCUGAAAGUGGAGGCUGGCGAUGGUUUCCCAAUGCAAAGAACGAGGACCAAGCGCUGUGCCUGCAGCAGCCUGCUGGACUCUGAAUGCCACUACUUUUGCCACCUGGAUAUCAUCUGGGUCAAUACGCCCAGUAAGACAACAGUUUAUGGUCUAGGCAGUCCUCUGGCUCGAAGAAGAAGGUCCACUGGCCGCUGCACCUGUGACAAAGCUGAUGAUCAAUCCUGUACCAACUUCUGCCAUCACAGCCCUGAAAUCAAAUCUGUGAAGAAACGUCAACUCAACAUCAUCCUAAGAGCUUUGGCCAGCAGGCCCAAGAAAGCUCAGAACGCAGCUAAUCCAUACAGAGACGGAUCUUCUGAGGCUCAGAGGAAGAACACUCGCUAAACGAGGUGGCUGUCGAAGCAGCAGGAGUGAGAGAGAAAGAGAGCAGCGAGCACCUGAACAAAUGACACUCCUUUGAUAGAGAGGAGGGGAAAAAAAUGCCUGCUGAAAGAUGUGUCCGACGCAGGAAGGCCAAAGUGCCACAAAGUUGUCUGUUUGUAUCCGGAAAUAGAGGGUGGAAAACAGUUCACGCGGAGUUCUGCAGACACAUUAUGGAAACCACAUGUGGUGGAUGAGCACUGAGAGGAGCUACUACUGUAUCACGACAUGAGAAUGCUGUACCUGUGGUCAUGUUUGACUUUGGACUAUCAGGUCGGUAAGAGGUGUACUGACAGGCCAGGCCAGCACUGACAUAGCAGGAUUUAACAGAGAGAGAAGGACAUGAAUACUAUACAUACAAUUACAGGAAUUUCUCACAUACGUGGCAUGAUUUUACUCAUUCUUUUGUGAAAUGCAUUUGUAUUCUUUGUUUUAUGGAUAAGCAGAUUUACUAUUUUACAAUUUAAAAGAUUACAUUUUUUUCCUUUGAGACUUUGUAGAUUUAGAUGAAAAACAUUUUGUGGACUUGUGGAAAUCAUGUUAGACAUCUCAUCAAGAAUGGCAAAUAUGAAUUACAACUGCUCUGUAUCAAGCAUUUAUU